CGUGCCCAGAGUACUUCCUGGCUAAUGGGAGAAGGCGGGACGAUUGUAUCGAUAGUAGAAACUCUAUGGUUUACUAACGUUCCGCAGCAAAUUUAUCAAAAGUGUGGGGAUAUGGUUAUGUGAUCAUCUGUUUUGUUCUUAAGAUUUGACCAUGGCAGACGGGAAAAUCACAGUAAGUGCGAAGGAGCUGCAUGAGGAGAACCAGCGGUUGAGGCAGGAACUGCAGGAGGUGCGGAGUCUGUACGAUCAGCUGGUACAGGAGGGCGCGGCUGAGCACUGGGAGGAGAGGAGAGUCAACAUGCUCAAAUCACACGUCAUACAACUGGAGAGACAGAUAGUUCAGCUGACAGGUUCUGUGAGCUCCCAUAAAGAUGCCAUGGUAGAAGCUGAUUCUGCUCUUGAUGCGGUAGUAUCAGCACUCAGGGAAUGGGUGGCCUGUGAAUCCCCAGGCCCGACUGUAUCCAUACAGCGUGCCAAGCUUACCCACCUUAUACACACAGUCAUGGGAGCCAAAACAAGGGUAAAGAAACAGGGAAAGACUGGUUUUAGCAGUGAAACUAUUGAACAGUCAUCCUUACUGAAGAGUGCUGCUGUUAAAGGCAGUGGUGAAGGUGUGUCCUUAUUGGAUAUCUGCAGAGGUGACAUCAGACAUCUCAACCUGAAACAUGUGGCCUCCCUUGAGUCCCAGCUCUCUCAACUGUUCAGGAAGCUACUGAGACUGCAACAGUGUGUGGAGGGCAUCAGGAACCACCAGCCGGUGCCGCUGUUCUACCAGACUGACAGCGUGCUGUACGACAGACUGACAGGACUGGUUGGAGACCUGGACAAGCUGCUGUACCAGUGCUGUCAGGACCUGAUGCACCUCAGUCUGCUUGUACCUGCAGCUCCUUGGUCUGCAGUCAGACGGUUACCCAGCAUGCAUGUCUCUGUGGAUGAUGUCAUGGCAAGUCUUCCCAGUAUGCCUCGCAGUAAGCAGUAUGAGGUAAAGAAAAUUGUGGAAAGUUUGAUGAUAGCAGUGGGCUACUCCAAGCACAUGACAGCCAUGCAGAUAGCAGCACUGGAGGAAGAGCUGACCCACUUCAGACAGGUACAGAACCUACAGAUAAAGUACACCACCACCCUGGUACAGGCACUGACUCAGGCUUACAAUGCAUUCCAACAGGAGGUCCUGCAGGGUAUCAGUAGCCCACUGCAAGGAAUUUUGGAGUCAUACAGGGAAUUAAGGGACACAGCCUCUGAAACUGCACUAAGGGACUUUCUUAAGACAUUCAAAGAACAUUCAGAUCAGUUGGAGUCUAUAUCUGAAUCUUUAAGGGAGCAAAAUGGAGAGGAUGAUAACACAGGUUCUAUAGCCCUAAGUGGGUUCCAGGCACAGCUAGUGACAGCUCUACAGCAGGUGCAGAAAGAAUGUGCUGUCCAGCACAGCAGAACAGCAGCUGACCUGGAGUCCUCCCUGCAACAGCACAGACAGCAGGUCUCCCAGGCAACAGAUUUUCUCAAACAGGCUAGGGCCAAUCAGGAGCCUCCAUUUACAGCCCAGGAUGGCAAUGCAAGUGAGGGGAAAGAUUCUGAGCCAAUUAGGACAAGGAUGACCAAAUCAAGCUCUGAAUCUAGACUUAAUGUCGGCAGUCCUUCUGGCCGGAUGAAUUCAGGUACAGGAAGAGACAACUCUGCCCAAAUGAGAAAAUCCCCCCAAAGAACACUAGCAUCGUCCAGUAGUAUGGACAAUGUUGACAAGACUGCUACUACAACUGGGAAAAGUAGGGGAAAAGAUAGGUUGAGCCCUUUGAAGGUGACAGCUAAGGAUGUCAGCAGAAGAGUACAAUCCAAGGGAAGUUUAGGAAAACAAAAUAUCACCUAAAAUGUAAGAUUUUUUUAGUGAUAAAAGUCUACACACAUGUUCCAAAUAUAUCCUUAACUUUUCUCUUAACAUAUCAGACAACAUGGUUCUAAAUGCAUCAUUGGCACACAUGUGUGGAUUGGUAGAUAUAUGGAGACUUACGCAGAAAAAAGCUUGAAUAGAAAGAAUACAAGAACAACAGCAUAGUCCUUUGAUCAAAAUUUUACUCAGAGUUGCCUUUUGCAAUACAAACGUAUUGACUGUUAUAGUCCUUCUAGGACAUGUGCAUAUUGUUCUCAAAAUUUCAUAUAUAUACAUAAAUAUAACCCUCUGUACAAAAAUGAAUGUUGGCAGUAUUUGUGUUAAAAUCCUUUAAAUCUUUCCAACAUUAAAUUGGUGAUCGAGGUACACUGUACAUAGCACAAUAAUAAAGAGUGCUUAUAGCUGAAA